AAUGUAUUAGCCCAAGAGAUGAUUUUUGGUAGAGAUCGAAAAGCCCAAACGUUUGUUGAUUUGACAAAGACUGGGAGAAGAUCGGCGCAGCGGCGGCGAAAGAAGCUCCGGCGGUUACGAUGAUGAGGUUGGCUGUCCGCCUGAAAUGCAUGACAAAUUCGUUGCGGGAAUGGAAAGCAUCAGAUACUGGGAGAACCAAUUCGGGUAGCGCUCUUGAAGCAUUGCGGUCUUUUGGAACUUUUACUGGAUAUCGGCCGAGGGAUUCCAUUGCGAGACGAAUGCAGGAGGAAAUUGUUACCGCACUUCACUUAGGAGAGAGAAGUAGAGCUUCCGUUUUGCUGUCUGAGCUUGGCGGUAGAGACGAAGCACUGCAAGCUGGGGAUUUCAUUCCUAUUCUUCAGUAUUGUGCGAGGACACCUGAUCCAUUGUUUGUUAUGGAAACUUGGAAACUUAUGGUGGAGGAGGAUGUUGAAUUGAGUGGAAAAUGUUAUUUUCUCACAAUUCGAUCUCUCUGUAAAGGUGGUUAUAUAAAAGAGGCAUUCAAUAUUCUGAGCAUUCAAAAAGAAAAUUCAGACACGUGUCCUACUUUGCCAGUUUACAACGAUUUGUUGGAAGCCUGUGUCCAAAUGAAUAGUUUAAAUCAUGCUGGUGAAUGCUUGCAUUUGAUGGAGAAACAGGGGGUCGGCAAAAAUGAUAUAACUUACACUAUUCUUCUCAAGCUUGCUGUCUUGCAGCAGGAUCUCUCAGCGAUCCAUGAAAUUUGGAAGGAGUAUUUCAACAACAAUACUCCCAGCAUCAUAACUCUUCGGAAGUUUAUACGAUCUUUCACAAAGUUGAGAGAUUUAGAGUCUGCUUAUGUGGCCUUACAGCGGAUGGUUGAUGUGGCAUUCCAGCAUAAAUUUAGCAUCACUAAAACUGCUGAAGGAAAGUUGUUCGAUUCAAGAGUGAACAUUCCCAUCCCUUUCCGUGAUGGAUUGACUAGGAAUAAUUAUGGAAAGAAUAGUUAUCCUCCCAUACCUUCUAGUUCUGAUUAUGGCAAGGAAAGGGACUCGGAUAAAGGGGUUCAAUUUAAAAUCGAAGGCGAAGAACACGGGACUGACGGAAUAAGUUUGUCUGAACAGGCUCUCUCCGCACCAGUUAUGAAAUUAUUGAGGUGGUCCUUUGGUGACAUCAUGCAUACAUGUGCUGAUUCGAAAAAUGUUUUGUUGGCUGAGCAAUUAAUGUUGCAGAUGCAAAAUCUUGGGUUGGAGCCAUCAUCUGCUACAUAUGAUGGCUUCAUAAGAGCAUUGGUUUCUGUGAAGGGUUUUCAGGAUGGCAUGGAAGUGCUAAAAGGCAUGCAACAGAAAAAUAUGAAGCCUCAUGAUUCAACUCUUGCAGCCAUGUCGGUUAGCUGCAGCAGGGCUUUAGAACUGGACUUGGCCGAGACAUUCCUGGCUCAAAUAUCAAAUUGUCAUCACGUUUAUCCUUUCAAUGCUUUCCUUGAAGCGUGUGAUACUCUGGAUCAAUCUGAACGAGCUGUAGGAGUAUUGGCUAAAAUGAAAGAUAUGAAUAUUCUGCCAGAUAUCAGGACAUACGAACUGCUGUUUGCAUUAUUUGGCAACGUCAACGCACCUUACGAGGAUGGAAAUGUGCUGUCGCAAGUUGAUGCUGCUAAAAGGAUAAAUGCCAUAGAAAAGGAUAUGAUGAGGCAUGGCAUCCAGCACAGUCAUCUGUCGAUGCAAAACCUGCUAAAAGCUCUUGGAAUGGAGGGAAUGAUUAAGGAUAUGAUUCAGUUCUUACACACUGCAGAGAACCAGUUGUCACGUAGAAGUACUAAUUUAGAUAUACAUAUUUAUAACACCGUUAUGCAUUCGCUUGUCGAGGCUAAAGAAAGUCGUAUGGCAAUUGAGAUAUUCAAAAGUAUGAUUUCGUGCGGACUCUCACCAGAUGCAGCCACUUAUAAUAUAAUGAUUGAUUGCUGUAGCAAUAUAAAAUGCUAUAGAUCUGCUUGUGCCUUGAUUUCGAUGAUGAUCCGAGAUGGUUUCUGUCUACAUGCAGUGACUUAUACAUCUCUCAUAAAGAUCUUGUUGAACUUUGAAGACUUCAACGAGGCACUUAAACUACUCGACCAGGCUUGUUCAGAAGGGACUCAACCUGACCUUGUGUUAUAUAACACUAUUCUUCAAACAGCUAGUGAAAUGGGAAAAAUUGAUGUGAUUGAGCUUAUUAUAGAGCAGAUGCAUCGAGAGAAAAUCCAACCAGAUCCCUCUACAUGCAGUCAUGUCUUUUCUGCAUACGUGAACAAUGGCUUCCAGAGCACUGCAAUGGAAGCGUUGCAAGUCUUAAGUAUGAGAAUGAUUUCCGAACAAGACGAUAUUCUCCAAGAGAAUAGGUUAGAAUAUGAGAAUCUAAUUCUCGACGAGGACUCGGAAUCUGAAUCGCGGAUAAUCGAGAUUUUCAAAGAUUCGGCCUAUCUCGCAGUUGCCCUACUGAAUUUGAGGUGGUGUGCCACUCUUAUGUUUCCAAUAUCUUGGUUACCAAAUCAAAGCCCGUGGGCUAAGAGGCUUUCGAUUGAUUAUGCUUCUGCAUGUCGUGGCUAAUGGAUUGUAAGGUGGGUCAGUGAAUUCAAUCGAAUCAUAUUUUUUUGCAAAAAUUGCAAACAACGACCAAGAAAGGUACACUAGAUGAAGAAGAUCCAGAUUUUGAUAUAUUAAGAAGCAUAUGCCGACAACCUUCGGGGGGAGAUGUCUCGAUUCGAGCAGAAAGCUUGGUAAAAUUUGGAAAUGGUGAAAUAUUAUCAGCAACACCGUCGUUUUCAAAAUUUAAAUAGAGAUCUCAAUUAUGUGACAAAAUCUGGAAAACGGUGGGGGGCGGCCCCCCCGGUUGACUCGUUGAGACUCAUGUGGUGUUUGUUGCUCCGUUGGCUCUUCUUCGGAUCGAAACUCAUCGAAUAAAGUGAUUAGUCUUCUUCAAGUUCCAGUUGAUGGAGAUUUCAUAUGAAGAGUUUGAAGUGUACUAUGUGUGUAGAAUCACAUGGUUUGAUGGCCCUUUCACUUGGUGAAAAUUUUCAAUUUAUGCCGAUUUCGAUCAAAUAAUUUCUAAUUUUGGAAUAACAAUACUAAUUUUGAGUUCUCAAAAUUCUGUUUUUUUUUUCCUUCUUAAUUUAUUGAUUUUAUUGGCACUGGAAUAUAAAUGAGAUUUCAAUUUUCGAUC